ACUCUCACUGGGAGGGGGUGGUGGUUUGGUGGUGAUGGUGUGAUUCUCUGUUCUUCAGCACCCUUUUGUCUCUGAUCGCUCCAGUAGAUGGAGAGACCGGCGUCAGUCUGUGCGUCUCUCUCUGGUGACGGGAGCGUUUCCGCGGGGGGUGCUCAGUCCUUUUCAUUGUAACACUUCAAGAGCGUUAUACAGCUCUAUUUGUGGAGUUACAUUCAUUUCAUGUGAUUGAAGUCCCAUCAGGGAGUCCAGAUCAGAUCGGCUGUUUCUGCGCCAGAGGCACCGGAGCUCCUGCGCUUCGGUUCGGCUCCUCUCAGCGGAUCUUUGCUGAUUUUAACAAUUCAUUCAGCCGGACAGGACUGACACUUUGAGGUCUGACAACUCGAACAACUCCAGGAGCAGGAUGUCGUGUCUCGAUGUCGGUGGGCUGCAGGUUUUAGCAGUUCUGCUUGUGUUCUGCACUGGCUGUGGUCUGACUCAAGCAGAGACUCUUGUGACCGUCCGAAGAGUUACCCGCCCGUCUCUGCGACACCCGUUAGCGGGCACCGUCCUCCUCCCGUGUGUGUUCACCCUGUCGCCGGGCCUCUCGCCAGGUCACGGCCCUUACAUCCACUGGACCCGUCGCUCAGGAGACCAGGAGAGGACAGUCCUGUCCGCCCGGGACGGGGUGGUGAGGGUGCACCAGGCCUACGCAGGACGGGUCAGUUUGCCGGGUUACUCCGCCAACCCGCUGAACGCAUCACUGGCACUCUCGCAGCUCCGCUCCAAUGAUUCCGGGACUUUCCGAUGUCAUGUCGCACUGGGAGACAAUUAUGAGCAGGAUACAGUCAACCUGGAGAUCACAGGUGUGGUGUUUCACUACCGUACGGCGGCAGACCGGUAUUCUCUCUCCUUUGUGGACUCCGUUCAAGCAUGUGAGCAGAAUUCGGCUCAAAUUGCCACUCCAGAGCAGCUGUGGGCAGCGUUUCACUCGGGCAUGAACAGCUGCGCGGCCGGCUGGCUCAAAGAUCAGACCGUCAGGUACCCCAUCCAGAGACCAGAGCUCGGUUGCUAUGGACACACAGAGUACUCUCGUGGAGUGAGGAACUAUGGGAAACGCGAUCCUGCCGAAUUGUUCGAUGUGUACUGUUUCGCCAGCGACAUGGAAGGUGAAGUGUUCAUCGCCGCUGUCCCUGACAAGCUGACUCAUCCUGAGGCCUCGGCUCACUGCGUGUCGCUGGGCGCUCAGCUGGCGACCGUCGGGCAGCUCUAUCUGGCCUGGCGGUCUGGACUAGACCGCUGUGAGCCCGGCUGGCUGGCUGAUGGCAGCGUGAGAUAUUCUGUCAACACACCACGGUCAGAGUGUGCGGGACGAGAACCAGGUGUCCGAACGGUUUCACCAGUGGAGCUGAGCAACGGAACGGCACGCUUUGAUGCUUUCUGCCAUCAAGCAAAGAAACCACAAAAGGCUCUGACGAGCAUUGUGAAAUCUUUGCUGCUGCCGUGGAGGUACAUGACUGGAGACAAUGGCGACAGUUCAGAGAAAAUCGAGAAUACGUCGAAAUCUUCUUCUGACUCCCGCACAUCCACUGGAGUUCAGGGCCUGUCGGACCUUCAACUCUCUAACUGGACCGGUCAGGUGGAUUUGGACAAAGAACCGCACGUGACCUCUGAACCCGCUGAGCUGACAGACGAAUAUCUGACAGUCCUACUCCGAGCUGGAGACACGGCUCUGGACUGGAGCGGCCUGCUGGACUCGUUCCCAGACAUCGAACAGGCGGUCCCUGCCCCGGGGUCAGACUUCACCACCGAGAGUCCCGGCGGUUCAGCCAAAGAAGAAGAGGAUGAAGACGAAGGUCUAUCGGGUCAGUCGGUCUCUCCAGCAGCUUCAGAGGUGCCGCAGGGACAGAGUAAGAGUCCCCUUACAAACAUUGUCAGCUCAUUGUGGAAACCUUGGAGCUAUCUGACAGGAAGUGAGGCAGAGACGACCCCUAAAAGCGUCGUGACCACCGAGACACCUGUGACGGACAUCAAAUCAACAGCAGCUCCUGGAUCAGGGAUGAUGUCAUGGUGGGGCCGCUCGUGGUUGUCCGGUCCAUCAUCAGUCACUGAUGAAUUAAUCCCCUCCAAUCCGCCCGUGAGCUCGACAGCACCAACAAAAUUCCCGUUAACUGUCACCAGAGAUGAAUUAAGCGACAGUCGACCCAGUAGACCUAGACAGACCAUCCUAGUGACAACGGGAGAUUGGGUCGAAGUGACAAAAACUCCCGAGCAGAAAGCGAGGACCACUGACGUCAACGUUACGACAAAGAGAAAAGUCGGGGCUGUAUCACCCGAGCAGUUGCAAAGAUUGUCCAUAUCAGAGAACUUCUCUGGAGAGAACCAAGCUCCAGACAUGGAGGGCAGCACUUGCUGCGAUACAUACCUGUUGUCAGGUACCACGUCCCAAACGCCACACACAGUCCCAACAAGCACCGGUUCGUUCACAACCGCACUUAGCCAAGACGAUGGCGCGGAAGAGGCGCGUGGAGAAAUUCAGUACAGGCGAAGAAACAAACCCAAGAGGCUCAACCAAAGUACCACAGACAUGACGACAACAGUCGCCAAGAGCAAAACAACACCAUCACAAUCUUCUAGCACUACUAUCUCAGGUACGGCCAUCUCGACGUCUGCAGACGAGUCUCAAACGUCAAGCUUUGGAACGACGGCGCCCAGCAUCACAGAGCGAGAUCUGACCAGCGCUGAGGUGAUCAGGGAAAACCGUUCCAGUGGAUCAGAAGCGGGCGACAGAUGCAGCUGUCUGCAUGGAGGAACGUGUCUUCCACAUGGAGAGGGUUUCCGAUGCUUCUGCCCGCAGGGAUACGCUGGAGAGAGCUGUGAAAUCGAUGUUGACGACUGUCAGUCCAACCCGUGUGAGAACGGAGGCACCUGCAUUGAUAAAGAAGACAUGUUCAUGUGUGUGUGUUUGCCCAGCUACAGCGGAGACAGAUGUGAGAGAGACACGGAGGGUUGUGAACACGGUUGGAAGAAGUUUCACGGUCACUGCUACAGACUGUUUCCACGGCGACACACCUGGGAGGAUGCUGAGAAGGACUGCAGGGAGCACAGCAGUCACCUGACCAGUGCCUCUUCCUCCAUGGAGCAGGACUUCCUCAACGGUUUGGGUAAUGAGAACGUUUGGAUUGGGCUGAAUGAUCGUACAGUAGAAGAGGAUUUCCAAUGGACAGAUGCAUCAGACGUGGUGUAUGAAAAUUGGCGCGAGAAUCAGCCGGAUAAUUUCUUCGCAGGCGGCGAGGACUGCGUGGUGAUGAUCUCCAGAGAAGACGGCAAGUGGAACGACGUGCCCUGCAACUAUAAUCUACCGUACAUCUGCAAGAAAGGAACGGUCAUGUGCGGCACGCCGCCUGCCGUAGACAACGCCUACCCAGUGGGUCGCAAAAGGUCACACUAUGACAUCCACGCAGUGGUACGAUACCAGUGUGACGACGGGUUCUUCCAGCGACACAUACCGACCGUCCACUGCCGACCCAAUGGAACCUGGGAGCGACCCAAGAUCAUCUGCACCAAGUCACGAAGAUCUCACCGCUACCGUUGGCAACACCAUAGAUCCCGCCGCGAGCAUCGAAGACACCGCCGACAUGGGCACAGAGGGCGGGAGUGAGAGUUUCUGUGACACCGAGACACCAGUUUCUGCGCUUUCACAGUCCGAAAGUUCAAAAACAGACCCUGAAGGACAAAAACAAUCACUCACAUCACCUUCUCUUUGUACAAAUGUUUUCGUUUCCUUCAAACCUUAAUUUUUACUGCUGUUGAUUUAGGAUUCAGUAACCCAGUUUGAUCACGUUGGAGAGAACUUUCUUAACUAACAAUAUCUACAGUCCUCAGUUGGACCCCAUAACUUAAUUCACAGAUGGUUUUUACAUGCAGACUGACUCUAUGAUAUGUGAGUCUGUUAAUACGUGCAGUCUGCAGUUAUGGAGGACAUGGCUGAUUGGCAUUUAUAGGAUAGUUGGAUUGAUUUAAACAGCAGUUGAGAGUUAUUGUAGGUAAUGCAUUGUAUUUGUUUAGCUUUAGAUAUUUUGAUUUAUGUAAUGCUUUGAUAUGUAAUGAAUGUGGUCCAGAUUCCCUGAAAUUAAAGAACUAAUGCCCUUCAUGUGCUUGCCAGCUUCUAUCCCAAAACAGGAGUUGUGGGAAAUUGGAAUGGAAAUUUGCGGAUGUGAAUUGUGGUCAUUUUGUCCACUCAAGUACUUGACAGAUAAAAAGCAGAGCUCUGGAGUCGACAGCUAAACUAUGUUUAAAUUAUUGGUAUUUGUAAAAACGCAAACGUCUUUGGCUUUGGCCACGUCUACACUAACGCAUUUGUGUUUGAAAAUGCAUUAAUUUCGCUACAUUUUGGCUACACUGAGACGGCGCCAGAGGUCCUGGACAUCUUGUUCAUGUACAUGGCAUCAUGGACUCUAUCGUAUACCAACAGAUAAAAAAUCGAAACCUGACUGCCUCUGCCAGAAAGCUUAAAACGGGCACUGGUUGGAUAUUCCAGCUGGACAAUGAUCCAAAACACACAUCAAAAUCAACACAAAAAAUUGUUCACUGACCAAUAAAAUCAAGGUUCGUCACUUCUCACCGGAGCUUACGCUACGCCUACGUCAUACGCCGGAACACGACAUUCUUGUCGGCACGGUCGGCCAUUACUGGAAGCCAGCGAUUGUAGUUUAUAAUGUUAUAAAUAUGGAUAUUUUUCUUACAAAAAAUCUAGAGGUCUAGCAAACUAGAUGCAAACUUUCCACUCAUUAUUUUCACAUGCAAAACAGCUUGUGAUUUGCUGCAAAUGUUUGCCAGAAGUUUGCAGCUUUUCACCAGUGGUGGGUACCUGCAGCAAACCUUUGGCGACAAUGGACAAUUCGGCAAUUAAGAGUUUUCCAUAAAGCUCAUUUGCAUGUGAAAUAUUUAGUGACGAACUUGCGGAAAGUUUGCAUAAAAUUUGCCAAAACUCUCGAUUCUUUUAAGGGCGCUUGCCCAAGUAGAUCCAUUGUAAAUCACUGUCAUCGCAUUGUAGUGUGGUUGGGGGAAACAGAGAUGUUCGAAAACAAUUUUUUCGUGUGACGCAGUCUUAUAAAAAAUCUAGAGGUCUGGCGAACUUUCUGCAAACUAGCCAAAGAUGUACGGCUAUUUUGCCAAUCGUUAUUUUCACAUGCAAACCUUGACGCAAAGGUUUGCCAGAAGUUUGCAGGAAACUUUUGGCAACAAUGGACAAUUCGCUGCUACCGACAAACACUUCUGUGGCAAACCUGUAGCACAUUAAAGAGUUUGCCGCAAAGCUGAUUUGCAUGUGAAAAUAAUCUGUGGCGAACUUUGCCAGAACUCUCUAUUUUUGUAAGGGUUAACCCCAAAAAUACCAACAUGGCGGCUCAAGUUGUAGAGGCUUUGUUGUGCCUGUUAUCCACUUUGAUGCCGUUGUUAAAGAUAAAUGUUACCUCGAGUACAACCUUCACAUUGCAUUUCUUCAAAGGCGGAAACACGAGGACAAUUGCGUUUCCGACCGUACAUGGAAAUGAUGGAAAACCUUGAAAACGUCAGUCUGGACAGAGAGCACUUUGAAAACGAAAACGGCAUUUUCGAAUUUAUCCGGAUUGAUUCGGACGUAGCCUGAUAGUCAACAUGUUGACACAAAUCGGAUGAAUUUUACAUUUACAUUUAUGCAUUUGGCAGACGCUUUUAUCCAAAGCGACUUACAGUGCACUUAUUAUAGGGACAAUCCCCCCAGAGCAACCUGGAGUUAAGUGCCUUACUCAAGGACACAAUGGUGGUGGCUGUGGGGAUUGAACCAGCAACCUUCUGAUUACCAGUUAUGUGUUUUAGCCCACUCCGCCACCACCACUGGAUCACCACUUUUAUUGCAAGGCUGCAACCUAAAUGAUGCCACAACCAAUCACAAUAUUAAAAAUUAGCCCCAUUUUCUCACUGCUUUUUUGCAUCUAGCAUCAUGAGCAUUUUUUUUUAAGAUAGUGUGUCAAGUUAAAUCAUUAAAAAUAGCACCUGGAUUGGAAAUCACCAUGUUGAUGCAAUCCGAUGAAUUUUAAUGCUAAUCCGUAACCUAAAUGAUGUCAUUAACCAAUCACAAAAUAAAAAAUGAGGCCCUUUUGGGCACAUUUCUGUAUAGUUGUUACUGGAUUUCAGUCAGUGUUUUGAAGUCACAAACCCGUUAGAUCAUCGCUGUCAUUGUCGAGUACUUGGGUACAUGUGUCCAUACCUAAUAUUUAUAAACAAUCACUACACUCUGCGUUCUCUGUGCCAUAUAAUAAGUUACAUUUUGAUGAAUUUAUUUUGCAUGUGUUUGCUAAAGAGUUUAGUGUGUUUCCAAAUCUCUAGAAGUACUAAUUGCUGAGUUGACUAAAACUAGUGGUUUUGAGUCGAGCGGCUGCCCUGUCUGAUUUGAGCUCAUUUGUGUGUUGGGUCGCUCAAAUGAUCUCUGUAACGUUCUACACAUCAAACAGAGAUACUAAGAGGUGCUUGUCAUUAAAACAUCCCACUAUCAUCUCUGUGAUCUGUACAAUUCCACAUGAAUCAUAAUUGUUUACGAGAGUCUGUUUGAGUGAUUCAGAAGGUGUUUGUUUCCUGAGCAUAUGUUUCUGAUUCUCAUGCCCUCUGAAAACAUCCACGGGAUGAAUGUCGACGCUCCUGCUGUUUUUGGCUCCGAGGAUCUUCAGCGUUCAUUAGCAAACCCUGUUGAGGUGUGAAUCUGUAGGAUUUUGAGAUGGUUGCAUUUUACACGUAACAGCUUGAAGUGAUUAAAUGUGUCCUCACCAUGUGUGUAUCACAAGCCCUUUCAAAUGUAGGAUAUGAAUUAUAGAUAUCUACUUUUACAUUUUUACUAGUUUAAAGUGGAAUUACUACGAGUGAAAAUGCUCAAUGAUAUGGGUUAGUUUUGCACUAGUGGCAUUAGACAUCAUUACUCGCAGAAAAACCCAAAAAUGCUAUUUUACCUAAUAAAAGCGUCAUUUUGAUCUGCAUUUUCACUUGUAGAAUUUUACAAUGCUCUGUCAUUCACUCCUCUUCAAAACGCAGUUACAGAGACUGUAUCUAUAAUUAAUGACAUUCCAAAUAUAAAAAUCAUCUGUGUAUUUAUGUACUUAAGAUAGUUUCUGUCAUUUACUGUCGUUUCUAUCACGUUGAUGUAAUUUCAAGUGUUUGUUUUCAAAAUAAGUUUGUUUUUAGUUAUUUGAUGCUAUAAAAACGCUGCUGUGACAUCAUGAUUGACAGCUGUGAUUGACAGGUUCUCUGAGCGAAGUAGUCACUGAAGCACCAACUGACUUUUUUUCGGGAUCUUCGGAGGACUGAGGAGAUUGGAGCUUUAAAUUUAAUAUCUAAAUUUCUAUAAUUAAUUAUUUCACACCGUCUUAAGUCAAAAGGGGCAUUUCCUUGCGAAUGAUUCGGCGAGAGUGAGGGCGGAGCCUUGAUUUUGCGGCUUUACUACUGCGCAGGUCUGGUCCCAAGAUGUCAGCGCCAUAUCGGGACACUGGCGGCUUCAGUUCUCACCAAUGGAAAAGAGCGAAGGGGCGUCGUCCAUCUUUUUUCAGUCUAUGGUAAAAACUGUCAUUUGGAAAAUCAGUAAUUACAUUUACAUUUAUGCAUUUGACAGACGCUUUUAUCUAAAGCAACUUACAGUGCACUUAUUACAGGGACAAUCCCCCCGGAGCAACCUGGAGUUAAGUGUCUUACUCAAGGACACAAUGGUGGUGGCUGUGGGGUUCGAACCAGCGACCUUCUGAUUAAAAGCCCUGUGCUUUAGCCCACUACGCCACCACCACUCCACUACUAGUAACAAUUAUUGUUAUCAAAACAUUUAAUUAUGUCAACAAUAAACUAUAAUUCAUAUCUGCCACGUGAUUAAAUAUCAAAGGGCUUGUGAGUGUGUGUGUUUCAGAUGUUUACUAGAUAAAGAUGAUACUCAUUAACUAUUUCACAACAACACACACACAGUAUGUUUGACGCAGAAUAACCCAGUAUAUUUUGUAAUGUCUAUUUACUCUGUCUACACUGUCACACAAAUAUGUUUGUUUAUAACAUGUAUUCAUUAGUAAACAUGGUGUUUGAUAAAGGCAAAUAAUCCGUAAAAUAAUCGAAUUGAUCAACUCUCAGAAAAUGAACUUUCAGCUGUGUGUGUAUAAAUUGCGGUGAAGUUUGAAGUCUGUGUCCUUUUGUUUUAUUCAUA